AUGCCAUCAUUGCGAGUGCUCCUCGCUGCAUUCAUCUGUUUAUGGGGCUUUUAUCGACCCACUCAAGCCGGUACAGUACUAGUCGUGACUCCUGAGAAUGAGGCGUCUCUCACACUCGCUGCUGAGCUCUAUCACGCGGCGCAAGAGUCGGAUCAGACUCACGACAAGGAGAGACUUCUUCGACAAAGUAUCGACGUGUAUCCAGAGAUUGCAGCAGCUUACAACAACUUGGCUAUGCUAAUUUUCGGGCGAAAUGAACGAGAUGAAGCUCUGCAGCUGCUGGAACGAGGUCUACAAGCCGCUGAAGCCACCCAAGACUGGGAAAAUGUGGCCAACAUCCACAACAAUAUCGGGUUUAUCGCUCGAGAACGCGGCAAAUGGAGCGUUGCGUACUCGUUAGAAGCUCUCGGCCACUUUGAGGAGGCGUUGGAAAUUGAUCCGGAGUUUGUGGGGGCCUUAUACAACAAAGCUUCGGUGUUGUUGGCUCUCCGUAGAGACAUGGAGUCGAAGGAGAUGCUUUUAAAGGUGCUGGAGCUUGAGCCGGAUGAUCGACAGGCUCACCUGGAUCUGGGUAGGAUUUACUUUGAACAUGGAGAUCUGGAGAAGGCGUUGGAGCAUGAAGAUUACGUCAUUAACAUGGCUACAACGUCCAAAGAAAAACUGCAGGGAAUGCACAACAAAGGAGUGUUUCUGAAGGAGUACGACUUGCUCUCUCGUGCUCUUAAAGUGUACGAGGAGAUGCUGUUAAUCGACACAGUGGAGACCUAUGUGCUCGUCGAUAUGAUGAACGCGAAGCGGUCGUUCUGUGACUGGGAGGGCAUGGAGAAGCUCGAGAAUCAGGUGCUGGCUGCUGCUCAACGCCAGUUCGAGCUUGAGAUCUCUCAGGAACAGGCCGUUUUCCUGCCAUUCGACUCCACGCUAGUCAAAGUUUCCGACGCUUUCCGCAGAAAUUUGGCAAUUCGAGCGUCUAAAAUCUACGAACAGCCGAGUACACUAGAGCUACUUCCGUUAUCUUGGAGUGUUAAUGAGCCGUCCUGGGAUCGUCCUACGACUCGUCAACGCUUGAAGAUUGGGUAUUUGAGCUUCGAUUUCCGUGAUCAUCCCAUGGGACACCUCACUUUGGGGCUCAUUGAGCAGCAUGCGGCAUUGGCGAGUGGUGUAGACACAAUUUGCUACUCGUACGGACCCAAUUCCGAAGCCUCCGCACCGUGGCGUCGCCAAUUCGAAGACAAAUGUGGCGUUUUCCGGGACUUGUUGGGCAUGUCGGACCUCCAGGCUGCGCAGACGAUCGGCCUCGAUGGAAUUGAUGUGUUGGUGGAUCUGAUGGCGCACACGAAAGGUGCCAGACUGGGGAUUCCGUCGCUUCGACCGAGUCGGAUUGUUGUCAAUUAUCUAGGAUAUCCGGGAACAAUGGGCUCGAGCUUCACGGAUUUCGCAAUGGUGGAUAAACUCGUCCUCCCGCCUGAAGUAGCAGCAGCAAGUAUGACGGAACAAGUUGUGUAUCUCCCAUUCACGUACCAAGCGAAUCGCUAUGAGCCCUGGAUCUCUGCAUGUGGCGAUGUGGACUGUCAACGAGCGAACAGGUCGCAGCAUGGCUUACCCACCGAUGGCUUGGUCUUCUGCAAUUUCAAUACAAUUAACAAGAUGGAGAGUGAGUCGUUCGCAGUCUGGAUGAGUAUUCUGAGGCAGAUUCCCAACAGUGUGCUCUGGCUACUCGCCCCAUCCGGUCCAGAUGCGCUUCGUGUGAUGGAAAAGCUGCAUGACCAAGCAAUGGCGCAUGGCGUUCUCCCGUCGAGAGUGAUCUUCGCUCCACGAGUGGAUAAAUAUUCCCAUCUUGCACGGAUUACAGUGGCUGAUAUCUUCUUGGACUCUUUCGUUUACAACGCUCACUCGACUGCGGCAGAUGCGCUGUGGGCGAAUGUUCCCAUUGUUACGUUGUGGGGAGACACCUUCCCGUCUCGAGUUGCUGCGUCGCUGAUACGGAACGCCAUUCCGUACCCAGAAUUGGUAUCACAGAGUGUUAAAGACUACGAACGAAUGGCAGUUUACCUGGCUAGAACACCGAAAGUGUUACGUCGUAUUCGCAACGCCCUGGCAGCCAACACACUGACCUCACCGCUGUUUAAUACCAAGCAAACCACAGAAAGCAUAGAGACUGCGUACGAAGUGAUGCACGACGUGGUGAAUCGCUUGCAUUCUUUAAGUAACAACGAGAGAAAGUUACGCUUCCAACUGAUAAUUCAACCGGAACGCGCGGCGGACUCAUUCGGGAGCGUGGAAAGCAUCCAUUCUCGUGUGAAUGAAGUGAUUCAGCAAGGGAUUUCUCUCCAAGAACGAGGAGACUACACUGGCGCUGAGAAUGUCUACUUACGCGUACUACGUGCGAGUCCCGGGAAUGCGGACGCUGUUCAUUUAUUGGGCACUAUUCACUUCCAGAAUGAGCGGUUUAUGCUGGCUAUCGAGUAUAUUACGCGUGCCGUGGCAAUAAAUCCACAUGUGACGUGGUAUCACUCCAAUCUGGCACUAUCUUUGCAACUCGAUGCGUCCAAUCACAUGGCUGUAUCGAAGCUUGGUGAGAUUUACGCCAGUCAGAAAGCGCUCGACAAGGUAGUUAACCUCUACGCGACGUACGGAGAAGCUGCGUAUUCCUUCUCAGGACAACCAACAAGUGCCAGGCAAGACGAGAUGCGACAAGCCUACAUGGACUACUCCAAUGCAUUAGACAAGACUGGGCAGUCUCUGGAGGCCACUCAACUGCUACAAGCAGCAGUAGAGCAGCAUCCCGACAUCUUUCAACUCCGUUACAGCCUCGGCGUACUGUACAACAAGCUGGAGAAAUAUGACGAGGGCAAUCAGCAACAAUUCGACGCUGUGGUUGCUCAAGCUCGCUAUCUUUUCGAGACUCAAGGGCGACAUUUCAUAAAAAUUCCUCGUCCCGACCACAAAGUGGUGAUCGCUUUUUACUGCCACGAGUACGACCAAUCGUGGUGGGGGCAGUGGGGGCCUUCUUCCCUAAAAACAGGUCUGGGUGGGUCGGAAGAAGCAGUCGUGUUCCUGUCUCGUGAGCUUCAGAAACUCGGCUACUGGGUGGAAGUCUACGGUGAUCCGUCGACGCAAGAUAUCUCGACUUUAGACGACGCAGACGAAGAUAAAGCUCGCUGGUAUCCUCACUAUACGUACGAUGUUGACGACAAAGGCGUCGACAUUUUCGUGGCUUGGAGAUAUCAUAUUUCUAUGGCUAUGGGACGAGCUGCUCGCAAAAAAUUCAUGUGGAUGCACGACCUUCCUCAAGAAGAUGCGAGACGCUCAACUGAGUUGCUCAACAAUGCUGACGGGAUCUUCUGUGUCAGUGAGUUUCAUGCCUCUGCGUUCCCUGAAACUCUCCGGUCAAAACUUACAGUCAGUACCAACGCAGUCGAUCGCUCCUUCUUCGUCCACGGACCAAACCACGCAGAUCGAUUCGUCUACGGCAGCUCACCCAGUCGAGGGCUGCACACUCUACUGAAGGCGUGGCCACGUAUCCGAGAGAAGAUUCCGACGGCUGAACUGUCUGUAUUUUAUGGCUUUACACCUGCAUUUAUGAAGUGGGGGGACUCUCACAUGGCCAACUUUACCGACUGGAUGAGCGAGAUGAAUCAACUACUUAGUGAGACGCCAGGUGUGCGCUUUGUGGGUCUCGUUAACCAUGCGCAACUGGCGAAAGAAUACUCGAACGCGGGGUUCUACCUGUACCCGACGACUUUUUCAGAGACGAGCUGCAUUUCCCUCAUGAAAGCCAUGACGAACGGCGCCAUCCCAAUCACCAGUCGCUUCUCUGUCUCCGCGUUACCUGAGACGGUCGACGACUUUGAUCUUGGGCCACGAGCUCUGCAACAACGCAACAUUGACGACGAUCCGGAAUGGCUGGAGCUCUGGAUACAAAGCAUUGUCGAUGCUGUACACAACGAGCAGCAGGCAACAACAGUCCGUCAUCGUAUGAAGCGCUUCGCUCGGAAGAAAUAUCGCUGGGAGAAUAUUGCAUUGCAGUGGCAUCGCGUGGUCUCCAAACCGAAAUUUCCGUAA